UUUAUACGAAGGUAGUGGCCACGAAAAGAUGCGGUGAAAUUUGGCGCGUCAACGAAAGAGAGAAAGAGAGAGAGAGAGAGAGAGAGUGAGAAAGAGAGAGAGAGAGAGAGAGAGAGAGAGAGAAAGAAAGAAAUAUACUCCCUCGCGAAAUCGGCCAUUUUGACAGCGUUGAGAGAUACCUGCAGGAAAAACGACUCUAAGAUCUCAUUUCUGUGGCAGUUACCCUCGAGGAUUGCGCGUGUGAGGGGGCGGCGGUGGUAGUGGUAUUGGUGUGCGUGCUGGUGCUGCUGCUACUGCUGCUAUUAUUGCUGUUUCAACUUCUAGUAUUAAUACUGUUAUCGAAGGUAGUGUGUCGAUUCUGUGUCAUUAUUGUCGUAGAGAAGUUAAACAUAAUAAGAUCAGAAUCAAGGUAGAGAGAUCAUCAUUCCUUAACGUGGAGUGAAUUCGUGAUAGGAUCUAAAGAAAGAAAAAAAUGGCUGGAAAUACGGGUAUGGAACAACUGAUCCCGAUCGUGAACAAGCUGCAAGAUGCAUUCACGCAACUUGGGGUCCACAUGCAACUUGAUUUACCACAAAUCGCGGUAGUGGGCGGUCAGAGUGCGGGAAAAAGUUCCGUACUCGAAAACUUUGUUGGCAAGGAUUUCUUACCAAGAGGUUCUGGUAUUGUAACUAGAAGACCACUCAUCUUACAAUUGAUUAAUAGCACUACGGAAUUUGCAGAAUUUUUGCACUGUAAAGGCAAGAAGUUCGUGGACUUUGAUGAAGUAAGAAAAGAAAUAGAAUCUGAAACAGAUAGAGUAACUGGCAGUAAUAAGGGUAUUUCUAAUAUACCUAUAAAUUUGAGAGUAUACUCUCCCAAUGUUCUCAAUCUUACAUUGAUUGAUUUACCUGGUCUUACAAAAGUGCCAAUUGGAGAUCAACCAGUUGAUAUAGAAGCUCAAAUUAAAGCAAUGAUUUUUCAAUUCAUUAGAAGAGAAAAUUGUCUUAUAUUGGCAGUUACACCAGCUAAUACUGACUUGGCAAACAGUGAUGCUCUUAAACUUGCUAAAGAGGUUGAUCCACAAGGUGUACGUACUAUCGGAGUUAUUACUAAAUUGGAUCUUAUGGAUGAUGGUACUGAUGCAAGAGAUAUCUUGGAGAAUAAGCUGUUACCUUUGCGAAGAGGCUAUAUAGGUGUUGUUAAUAGAAGUCAAAAAGAUAUUGAAGGGCGUAAGGAUAUCAAAAAUGCUUUAGCAGCUGAAAGAAAAUUUUUUCUUAGCCACCCGUCUUAUCGACACUUAGCAGACAGAUUGGGUACACCGUAUCUGCAACGAGUUUUAAAUCAACAACUUACAAAUCACAUAAGGGAUACCCUUCCUGCCUUACGAGAUAGAUUACAAAAACAGCUUCUUACACUGGAAAAAGAUGUUGAACAGUAUAAACAUUUUAGACCAGAUGAUCCUGCUAUUAAAACAAAGGCUAUGUUACAGAUGAUACAACAACUUCAGUCAGAUUUUGAACGGACUAUAGAAGGUUCUGGUUCAGCGCAAAUUAACACGAAUGAACUUAGUGGGGGAGCAAAAAUAAACAGACUAUUUCACGAACGUUUUCCAUUUGAAAUUGUUAAAAUGGAAUUUGAUGAAAAAGAACUCAGAAGAGAAAUUGCUUUUGCUAUCAGAAAUAUUCACGGUAUUAGGGUAGGAUUAUUCACCCCAGAUAUGGCCUUUGAGGCAAUAGUCAAGAAGCAAAUUAAUAGGCUUAAAGAGCCUAGCCUAAAAUGUGUGGACCUAGUCAUACAAGAGCUUGGUAAUGUUGUUCGUAUUUGUACAGAUAGGAUGUCACGUUAUCCUAGAUUAAGAGAAGAAACGGAACGUAUUAUAGCUACUCAUGUUCGACAACGUGAACAAAUGUGUAAAGAGCAACUAGUACUUUUAGUGGAUUGUGAGCUUGCCUAUAUGAAUACAAACCAUGAAGAUUUUAUCGGUUUUGCCAACGCGGCGGCCAGUAGCCAUAAUUCAAGUGCUCAGCAAUCAUCAGAAAAUGCAGUUAAAGCUGGACGACAUAUUUUAGGCAACCAAGUAAUACGUAAAGGUUAUAUGUGUAUUCAUAAUCUUGGUAUUAUGAAAGGAGGAUCCAGAGACUAUUGGUUUGUUCUGACCUCUGAAAGUAUUUCUUGGUUUAAAGAUGAAGAGGAACGUGAAAAGAAAUAUAUGCUACCUCUUGAUGGUUUGAAACUGCGCGAUUUAGAACAAGGCUUCAUGUCUCGGCGAUAUCUUUUUGCAUUAUUCAAUCCAGAAGGAAGGAACGUUUAUAAAGAUUUUAAACAACUUGAAUUAAGUUGUGAAACUCAGGAUGAUGUUGAUUCUUGGAAGGCUUCAUUACUCAGAGCUGGAGUAUAUCCUGAAAAAUCAACAGAGCAAGCAAAUGGAGAAGGAGAGGAAGGAUAUGAGGGUGGUACAGAAGGUCAAUCUUCGAUGGAUCCUCAAUUAGAACGUCAAGUAGAAACAAUUAGGAAUCUAGUAGAUUCUUACAUGAAAAUUGUUACAAAAACUACCCGUGAUCUUGUUCCAAAAACAAUUAUGCAUCUUAUUAUUAAUAAUGCAAAAGACUUUAUUAAUGGAGAAUUAUUGGCACAUCUUUAUGCGAGUGGUGAUCAAGCAUCUAUGAUGGAAGAAUCUCCUGAAGAAGCACAGAAAAGAGAAGAAAUGUUACGCAUGUAUCAUGCAUGUAAAGAAGCUCUUCGUAUUAUUGGAGAUGUUUCAAUGGCUACAGUAUCAACACCAGUACCACCACCAGUGAAGAAUGAUUGGUUAGCUUCUGGAGAAAAUCCGAGUCUUGGGUUAUCGCCACCAUCUCCUGGUGGGCCAAGACGUGGAGUGACACAGCCACCACCUCUUUCUAGUUCACGAGUACCACCGCCUGUUCCUGCCAGUGGGCGGCCAGCACCAGCAAUUCCUAAUCGACCUGGACCUGGUGGACCACCACCAGCUCGAGCUAAUCCAGGCCUACCACCACCACUUAUUCCAUCGCGCCGACAAUAAGUCUUCGCACUAACACGCCUAUUCGCUACUAAUCUAUAUAUAUAUAUAUAUAUAUAUAUAUAUAUAUAUAUAUGUAUAUAUACAUAUAUAUAUGUAUACAUAUGUAUAUAUAUGUAAUAUAUAUAUAUAUAACAUAUAUUUGUUGCAUCUAUCAGUGUACAUUUUACACAAGACAUUAUUUGUUAAAAUAACUCUAUUUCCUGUACGAUGUAUUCGUGUAUCGGAAUAUAUUAGAUAAUAAUACAGUCAAUAAAAAGUGGAGUGUUUGCUCAUAUGAAUAUACAAUAAACAUUAUUAAAGGAUUCAUAUUUUAUUAAAUUAAUAAAAACUAAGUUAAAAUAAAUUUCCAAGAUUGUUAUAGUUCUUAUUGCAUAGUGUUAAUUUUUCAUAUAUUUUACUCUCUAUUCAAAAUGACUGUACAUGAGGUGUAUGCAAUAAAUUAUAUACUUUUUUAUUUCAUUUAUCUUUCUGAUAUUGAAAAAGAAAAGAAUAUAAUUUUAAACUCGUAACUCAUUGUUGCUUCCCAAAAAUAUAGUUUAUAUAAUGUAUAUAUAGAGAUGGGCAUACCUCCACUUAUAACUUUGUUCUAGCAUUAGUACAAAUUACACAUUCCUAGAAAAGAGGAAUGUCAGGCAGGAUUGUUCUUGUUUCAUUGUAAAUUAGUUUGGAGAAUUGUACAUGAUAUGUGUAUAUAUGAUUAAAAACAUCUUAUAAUAAAUGGUUUUGUGCUGAUGAAAUUAGAUAAACAUUCAUUCACUUGCUAACAGCAUGACAUUUUGGGGCUAUGGGCGAUAAUAGAAUAGAAAAACUUAUGUCUAUAAUAUUUUAGUAUCAUCACAUGUAUCUCUACGAACACUACUACAUAAAUGUCUCGUCUAUCAAAAACUAAAUCAUAAUAUCUAUAUCUAAAUAUAAACUAAAUAUUCAUUUUAAAGAAGCUUAAAGCUCCUUCUCACGCUAUGACGUCAGUGUUAUGUAAAGCAUGAUGCCGACGUGAAAUCUGUCAAUUACGAUGUAAAGGACAAAUAUAUGUCGGUGCCUGCAUUGAAAUUUCUUAAUAAAUAAAACUGAAGAGAUAAAUGAUACCAAGCAUAAAACAUUGAAAUAAGCACAGAAAAAAGAAGAAAGAGUAAAUUAAUUUAAUAAUUAUUGAAGCUAUGCAUACUGAAAGAUUACACAUACUUCUCAGGACAUUCAACAAAUAAAAAAUAUGUAUAUAUAUAUGUGUAUAUAUAUAUACAUAUAUAUAUAUAUAUAUAUAUAUGUGUGUUAAUGUAUAAUGGAAUUAAAGAGCUAUAUUGUAUCAGAUAAAUUUCUAAUUUAAUAAUUAAGAAACUGAUAAAGUAAGAUCUAUAGUAAAAGCUGAAUGUCCAUGGUAUGUUUAGUCGAGGGGGUGGCCUUCAACAGAGAGUGACACAGGCUGCGACUCAGGCCGCUGCUAAUGCCGCUGUGAACGAGCUGAUGGACGCGUUCAGGAUCAAGUAAAUAAACGCUGUGUUGUAGCUUUCUUAUAGUAUACUUAUCCUUAUUUACAACGUCUCCCCCCUCAUGGGUAUAUUCUGUAUUACUAAUACAUUGCGCAUUGUUAGACGAUAAAUUUAACGAGAAUGAAAUCGAAGAAAUUCAUCCAAACGUACAUAUUUUGUUUGCUUUAAGAAAAGGAAAUUUUGAUGGAUAUGCGUGUAACAAGCUCUUAACGUGCACGCACUCACACACAUGCGCGAUAUGUGAUGGAACUAUAAACUAAAUUAAUAAUUGAUGCCUUUUUAAAUUGUAUUGUUAUAUACGUACGCGUGUCCACAUAUUUAUUCAUUUAUUAUCACACAUACAAAUAAUGUAGAAAAUAAUUGUAUAAAGUAAUGUCUGUAUAUUUGUAAGGCAUUAAGUAUAUAAGCAUUUAAUUUUUAAACACAAUUCUUCACAAUACUUAUAUAUCUAAGCCUAAGGAAGAUUAUUAUUCACUCAUUGCUAGAAGCAAAUAAUUAUAUAUAUAUACCUUCACGCAUUAUAGAGCAAUAACAUUUAUUGUACAAUUAUGUACAUGAAACUGCUUGUCCGAGGCAUGUAUGUAAUUGAAACAAAACAAAACAAAACACAAAAAAAAAGAAAAGCAAGAAAUACUUCCAAUAUGAUAAAUUCAUUUAUUCUGAUAUAAUAAUAGUUCCAAUACAUUUUAAAACAUAUCUAAUUCUAGAAUAUGUAUAUAUAUAUAUAUAUAUAUAUAUAUAUAUAUAUAUUUAUUCUGUUUAUUGAGAGAUCUUCUAAAAUUUAUCAAAAACAGAUUACGAUAUGGUAUAUUAUAAUAAUAUCGAUUAAUCCGAAGAAAAUGGAAUACUUAUACAAAGCACUCCUAAUAAAUUGCUCGUUAAAUGUAUCUUAGAAUAUUUAACAGAAAAAGAAAUAUAAAAUAUAUAUAUAUAUUUUAUAUAUAAUUAUAUAUAUAUAUAUAUAUAUAUAUAUAUAUAUAUAUAUAUAUAUAUAUAAUUAGGAGGCACGUUUAACUCAUUAUAAGAGUACUCAUGAAAAUGUCAUGCUGUUGGAAAGAGUUGAAUAUCUUUUAAAUAUGUUAUAAAGAUCGAUUUUUCGGAAAAAAGAAAAAACCAUGAAUUACGAUUAAUCAUCGUAUAUUAUAGAAUGUCUAAAUCAUCAUCUUUAUGAUACAUGAAAUUUCUUUACUCUCUCUUCUCUUUUUCUUUCUCUUUAUCUCUCUUUUUUUUUCUCUCUUUCUCCUAUUACAUUGACCGCACUUUAUUCGUUAUAAAUUUAUUAAUGGGUGGACGGUUGAUUUUAUGUAAUACAUGGUUGGGUAUAGUAAACAUACGACACGAUGAUUAAUUAUCAAUCCAUAUGAAAUUAUUAUCGCAAAUAAUAAAUGAUAAAAAUUAAAAAAAAAAAAUAAAAAUAAAAUAAAAUAAAAAAACAUGUCGCUCAGACAUAGGAUGUGAUAUAGUGUAGAACGCUUUGAGAAAUUUGCAUGAAAUUCCUGAUUCGCGGAUUUUUUUCUUUGAGAAUAGUCGUAAAUAAAUAAAUAAAGUAGCUCGCAUUUUCGAUUGAGAAUACAAUAAGCAUAUUCGUUAUAAUGUAAUUAAUGAUAUAUAUAUAUAUUUUUUUUUUUUUGCGUAUGUAUGUGUAUAUAUAUUAUGUAUACAUAUAUAUAUAUAUAUAUAUAUAUAUAUAUAUAUAUAUAUAUAUAUAUAUAUAUAUAAACACAUGCGCACACGCAUCACAUAGCAAGCAUUCAGGAGCUGUAUGUGGAAAUAUUGUAUAUGUUGUAUUUGGAAAUAUUUGUUGUUUCUUAUGCUCCCCGAUGUUUUUUUUUUUUUUUAUGAUGAAAUUUUUUGAUUUGAUGAAAUAUGUAUAUAUAUAAAAAAAAAAAAAGGAAAAAAAAAAGAUCACACAUAUUUCUAUAAUGGACAUGCACUCGCUUUUUCAUAAGAGUGAUGUGCUUCGGCCGUUGUUAUAUCUUAUCUCUUAUGAGUAUUUUUGGACUUUAUAUAAUGAUACAAUUUACAAAUCACCAUGCUAAAAAUAAAUAGCAGCAAAUAAUAUAUCAAGUGUCAAUGUUAAUAGGCCUAAUGAUAAUGUAUAUGAUCACCAAGAAAUUUAUCGCUUUUCAAUAUCAAAAAUAUAUAAAUGAUGUCUAUCUACGUAUAUAUAGAUGAUAUUUGACAUAUAGCGUAGCAUUGAUUGAACACACGCGUCCUAAAAUUAUAUGAAUAAGCCGAAGCACAUCGGAAUUAUAUAAGCUUCUAUGUAUUAAUGCUUGAAACUGCUCGUAUAUAAAUGCUUCCUUACGAGCAAUACACGAACACAUACACACACAAAAUAUUAAUACCUGAGUGAAUAUAGUAUAUAUUAAUCUUUAAGAGAGUCAAAGAAAAGAAAAAGAAGAACGUUAAAAAACAAAGAUUGAUAUAUUUGUUUUGAAAGCAACCACGACUAAUAUUAUUAUUAUAAUGCUCUUGUACAGUGUAACGUAAUAACUGGUUUAAUCAUUCCAAGGAUUAAAAAAACAUCAGAGUGAAUAGUUCGUGAUCUAAUUAAGAUAAAUAACUCUCCAUUAUUUAUAUGGUCAUUUACUGUUGUUGUUAUUAUUAUUAUUAUUAUUAUUAUUAUUAUUAUUAUUAUUAUUAUUAUUAUUAUUAUUAUUAUUAUUAUUAUUAUUAUUAUUAUUAUUAUUAUUAUUAUUAUUAUUAUUAUUAUUAUUAUUAUUAUUAUUAUUGCUAUCAAUUUCGUUUUAAGUAUCUAUUUUCUAAGUCAUUUGCUCGCUUAAAUCAUAUUUUAAGAUUUCUUUAUGAUUUUAAUUAAAUAACAAGUUCCUUUUAUGCUAUUUUCCUCAUUACGAGAGUAUAACAGAUCAAAAAGUAAAAAGCGUUGAAAUAAAGUUAUCAGUCUUUUAUGGACUAUAGUAUUUCGAUUGGACAUAUCAAAUAUUAAACGUAAUACGUGUUCAUCAUUAGUUCAUUAUUAGUUCAUCAUUAGUUUACGUGUUGGAUUUAGUUUCUUAUCUAAUUUAUUAUUAUUACACAUAUAUAUAUAUAUAUAUAUAUAUAUAUAUGCUUGAUGGAAUUCUCUGUUCCAGCGAAAAUCUCUUUCUUCCAUUAAGUUGAAUUAUCAUACAUAAGAGAAUUUCUUGAGAAGUAGAAAAAGAAUCCAUUUUAUAUAGACAUUUUUAGAAUGUUAUUUCGGUGAAUCAAUUAAUUUAUUUUUUAAUCAACGAAUUAUAAGCUAAGGCUUAUUAAUAUAAUUUUCAAUAAAUAGAUUUAUACAAUAAUUACUUAUAUUUUAAUUAAGUAAAAAAAAAAAAACAAAGAAAGAAAGAAAGAAAGCAAGAAUUCUCGCAUCAAUUAAAAAAAUGUAUUAAACUUCGUACACAUCGUCCAAUUGCCAAAAUUUUCUACAUUUUACUUUUGGCCAAAAAGUUUAUUAUUAUUAUUAUUAUUAUUAUUAUUAUUAUUAAUAAUAAUGCAUAAGUGAAACUAGUAAUUAAUUAUUCAAAAGUUAUCUUAUAGAACGAGAAAAAGGAACGUUCUUAAAAAAUAUGAAUCCAAUACUUGUCUUCCUUCGAAUAUUAUAUAUGUAUAUCUUAUUUAUAGUUUAUAUUAUAAAACAAACAAAAAAAAUCUCUAUCUACAAGAGAUAUCUCGAUUCGAGAAACGUCCUUCGAAUAUUCAAUAUUUACAUUUAAUCAAUUCAUUUAACAUUGCAAUUUAAUAACCAAACCAUUUUUUUAGAAUACUAAUACGAAGCUUGAUUUAUAAUAUCUCUUGUGCAUUAUACCAAAUCGUGCCGAAAUAUAUUGGCUUAUAAUUAGUAAUCAAAAAAGGAAAUGUUAAUUAAACGUUACAUCUUCGUGUUAGGACAUUAUUAUUAAUAAACAAAUUAAUAAAAAAUCGUUAAGAAAGAAAGAAAGAGAGAGAGAGAGAGAGAGAGAGAGAGAGAGAGAGAGAGAAGGAGAAAGAGAAAUUAAUGCACGGAUUAAAACAUUUUGUAAGAUCAUUAGACGGAUAACGCGAUAGCAAAACAUUUAGCCUCAUUGCCUUGUAAGAAAAAAUUAAUCUACGAAUGUUCUAUAUCACAUUAAUAGCUUAAAUAUUUUCAAUUGAAAUAAAUAAAGAGUUCGUGAGAGAAAGUACCUCGAGGAACUUAAAUAUUAUACCUUUGAGCUAAUUAAUCAUAUGUUAUUUUUUUAUUAAGGACAGGAGGACAGUCUGUUCUAACAAGAGGGAUAAAUGAAUUUUUACGAUUUACUUAUGUUAUCCAAAUAUUAUUCAUACAUUUUGAUAAUCUUACUUUUUCUACAUAUAAUUUUAUCUUUUUUAUCGUAUAGUUGCGAUUUACAAAUAUUAUUUACGAAUAAAGAAAAAUUAAUAAUAUUACGAAUUAAGACAUUCGUUAAAACAAAAAAAUACAUAUAUAUAUAUGUGUGUGUGUAUAUAUAUACAUAUAUAUUUAGAAAAUAUGAAAAUAAAAGAAAAAUUAGAAAGACCGUUGUCGUUUGCAAAGACGCGAGGAAUUCUUUGCUACACAUCCUCUAUUACAUAGAAAUGCUUAAAUUCAAAAAUGUGAUAGGCACGUAAUUAAUGAUACACUAAAAUAGAUCAUUAAUCAUAUAUUAUUUAUCUACGCGUUAUCUCAUACUUUAGAGAAUGUAGGCUAAGCGUGUGCAAUAAUAUUAGAAAUAAUAUCUUGAAAUUGAGAAAAAUUAAAAUGGAAAUAGGUCAAUAAAUCAAUUGCAUACGA